UCGGUCACACUGAAAGUGAGUCAGGCGGUUUAACGUGCGGUUUUUGCAGUAUUUGAUUUAUCUCGUUUUUUAUUAAAAGUCGCCGAAACACAGAAGAAUAUGUCGACCUUGGCCUCUCCUUUGUCCAUUGCUGGCACCCGCCAGUCGGGCGCUUCGGUGCGCACACAGAACGUUAUGGCUGCUCUGUCCAUAUCGAACAUUGUGAAGAGUUCGCUGGGACCGGUGGGUCUGGACAAGAUGCUGGUGGACGAUAUUGGCGAUGUCACGGUGACCAACGAUGGAGCCACCAUCCUGCGUCUGCUGGAGGUGGAGCAUCCCGCUGCCAAGGUCCUGGUUGAGCUGGCUCAGCUGCAGGAUGAGGAGGUCGGCGAUGGCACCACCUCUGUGGUCAUUCUGGCCGCCGAGCUGCUGAAGAACGCCGACGAGCUGGUCAAGCAGAAAAUCCACCCCACGUGCAUCAUCUCUGGCUAUCGUAUCGCCUGCAAGGAGGCCUGCAAGUACAUCUCUGAGCACUUGACAGCUCCCGUGGACGAGCUCGGCCGCGACUCACUCAUUAAUAUUGCCAAGACCUCGAUGAGCUCAAAGAUCAUUGGUGCCGAUGCCGAGUUCUUCUCCGCCAUGGUCGUGGACGCUGCCCAGUCGGUGAAGAUCACAGAUCCCCGCGGCCAGACCGCCUACUCGAUCAAGGCCAUCAAUGUGCUGAAAGCCCAUGGCAAGUCCGCUCGGGAGUCCGUGCUAAUUCCGGGCUACGCCCUGAACUGCACCAUUGCCUCCCAGCAGAUGCCUAAGAAGAUCGUGAACGCCAAGAUUGCCUGCCUGGAUUUCUCGCUGCAGAAGACCAAGAUGAAGAUGGGCGUCCAGGUGCUUAUCAACGAUCCCGACAAGCUGGAGGCCAUUCGUGCCCGCGAGCUCGACAUCACCAAGGAGCGCAUCAACAUGAUCCUGAGCACCGGCGUUAAUGUGGUGCUGGUCAGUGGUGGAGUUGAUGAUCUGUGCAUGAAGUACUUCGUUGAAGCGGGCGCCAUGGCUGUGCGUCGCGUGAAGAAGAGCGAUCUGAAGAUCAUUGCCAAGGCCACCGGUGCCGCCUUCCUUACAUCACUCACCAACAUGGACGGUGAGGAGAGCUUCGACGCCGCUAUGGUGGGAGAGGCUGCCGAGGUGGCUCAAGAGCGCAUCUGUGACGAUGAGCUCAUCCUCAUUAAGGGCACAAAGGCACGCGCUGCUGCCUCUAUUAUCCUCCGUGGUCCCAACGACUUCUACUGUGAUGAGAUGGAGCGCUCUGUGCACGACGCCCUGUGCGUGGUGAAGCGCGUGCUGGAGAGCAAGAAGGUGGUUGCCGGCGGUGGCUGCGUGGAGGCUGCCCUGUCCAUCUACCUGGAGAACUUCGCCACCUCGCUGGCCUCUCGCGAGCAGCUGGCAAUUGCCGAGUUCGCCAAGUCGCUGCUGGUCAUUCCCAAGACGCUGUCUGUGAACGCCGCUAAGGACGCCACGGAUCUGGUGGCCAAGCUGCGCUCCUACCACAACUCCAGCCAAACGAAGCCCGAGCGCUCGGAUCUCAAGUGGACCGGCCUGGACCUGAUCGAAGGUCUGGUGAGGGACAACAAGAAGGCAGGUGUUCUAGAGCCGGCCAUGUCAAAGAUCAAGUCGCUGAAAUUCGCCACGGAGGCGGCCAUCACCAUUUUGCGUAUUGACGACAUGAUCAAGCUGAACCCGGAGGACAAGAGCGGCAAGAGCUAUGCCGAUGCCUGCGCCGCCGGCGAGCUGGACGGUUAGACAUUCUCCUCACCUUCGAGGGACACUUCUUCUAUUCAGUUUAGACACUUAAUUUUAAUUAAAUCACUCACAACUGUCGCCCGCCCCAUUUGAUUGUAACAACAAUGUAAUUGUGUUGCCUUUUGCGAUCUGUAUUAACACAGCACAUCCGUAAUCCUUUCUCAUCCACGCUUCCUGGCAUAAUAAAUCGAACUUCAGAGUAUGCUGAGGCGCCAACUAAACACUGGA